AUGCGAGCAGUCAUAGCGAUUCCCUGUAUCGUCGCUCUCCUUCUCCGUGCAUACACCCGCCGCUCGCUCACGCCGUUGGGCCUGGUAUCCGCCGGCCUGACUGCCUCCAUCCACGCCCUCCACCCCUCCGCACUCCCCUUCACACUCCUGGGCACUUUCUUCCUCCUCGGAACCCAGGCGACCAAGGUCAAGCACGACGUUAAAGCGACCUUGACGCAGUCUUCGAGUGGGAGCUCAGGGGGAGAAGGUCCACGGACAAGCGUCCAAGUCUUCGCCAACAGUGGUGCCGCGACAGUUCUCGUCCUUCUUCACAUCUACCUCUACGGCCUGUCCCCUGGAAGCGACGCCUGCUUUUCUGCGGCGGGCCCCUCGAAGUCGAUUGUCCCAGAUCUGAUACUCCUGGGUAUAGUAUCAAACUAUGCCGCCACGACGUCCGACACGCUCUCCUCCGAACUGGGCAUCCUCUCGCGCAGCAAGCCCAGGCUGAUAACAACCCUCCGCACCGUGCCGCCGGGCACCAACGGCGGCGUCUCGGUCGCAGGGCUGGCGGCGGGCGUCGCGGGAUCCGUCGCGAUUGCGUUGACGAGCCAGCUCUUUCUCACCUUCUGCUCUGACAGCUCGCUGACACGACCGGGCACGUUCGCGCUGAUCACACUGCUCGGUACCACAGGGACCUUGGUGGACUCCCUCCUUGGAGCCAUCUUGCAGGCAUCAGUCGUUGAUCGGAGAACGGGCAAAAUCGUCGAAGGGCCCGGCGGCGUCAAGGUCCUCACCAAACCAAGACCGGGCCCCAACUCGUACCAGGGAGACAAGAAAGAGAAGGCAGGUCACGAAAGUAGGAUCAUCAAUUCUGGCCACGACAUCCUGGACAAUAACCAGAUUAAUUUCCUGAUGGCCGGCAUACUGAGCGUCUCGGGCAUGAUCGCGGGACGAUUCUUGAUUCAGGCAUAG